AUGUGUACUCCUAAAUUUACUGGUGGUCUGAACCUCAUCAACCUUCUUCUAUGGAACAAGACAGCAAUUGCAAAAGUGUGCUGGGAUUUAGCUCAUAAAGAAGACAAACUAUGGAUAAGAUGGAUUAAUGCCUACUAUGUUAAACAAGAACAACAACUGAAGGACAUGCCAAUUCCAAAGCAGGCUAGUUGGAUGGUCAAGAGGAUAAUUGCUUCAAGAGAUAUUCUGCAACAAGCUCAAAGUUCAAAUGAUCAUAUUGGCACCAUCAGACAGCUAUACUUACAACUAUUAGGAGAUCUACCAAGAGUAAGUUGGAAGAAUCUGCUAUUCCAGAACUCUGCUCGUCCAAAGGCUAUCUUCAACUUAUGGUUACUGCUACAAGGAAGAUUACCUACCAAGGACAAGUUAGUUAAAUGGGGAUUGAACAUUAACCAACAAUGUGUUCUAUGCCAAGGACAUGUGGAGACAAGAGAUCAUCUCUUUUUGUUAUGCUCAUAUACAGUAAUGUUGUGGAAACAAGUAAUGAGGUGA